AAGCAGGUGUCCUCUUCAAUUCUAGUCUGUGCAGUUUUGCGUUAAUAGUGAAAGAGUAAGAUAGAGGUGUUGUUGAAUAUGAAAUUGAUUCUGUUCUUAGUUGGAUUUUUGGCCUUCGCCGCAGCCAGACCUCAACUUCAACAAUUUGUUCAAAACGUCGGUGCAAAAACAAUUAGAUAUGUAAAUGAAUUAACUGGAACAGGAUAUAAGUUUGCUAUUGAACAAGAUGAUGGGCAGAAAAAAUUUGAAAUAGGCGAAUUGGUUAAUGAAGGUAAAGAGAACGAAUCGUUGGCGGUUAAGGGAUACUAUUCGUAUGUAGGAGAUGAUGGUAAAACUUAUGAAGUUGGAUACACCGCUGACGAAAACGGAUUUCAACCGGAAGGUGAACAUAUUCCGCCAGCUGCAAGCGUUAAAAGGACAAAGCCAUUGGGUAUUUCAUCAGGUGCUUUAGCUUCGUUGGCUGGAAGAUAACUUUCAUGUUGACGAAAAAAUUAAAAAAGCAAUUAAAUGUAAAUUGAAAAGUUUUUAUUUUGUUAUUGGAAAAAAAUAAAAUUAUAA